UUAAUUUCUCCUUCUGUUGCAGGACUAUGCAACUAGACUCGCCAAGAUGAAGCCUCGUCUAGUUAGACCCGGUGCUAGGUCCAAGCCAGUGCUUCCAGCAAGGGUGGAAUUGGUGGGCUCGUCUGAAGAUAUUCCAUCGCCACAUGAACCCCAGGCGUUUCCUACAGGUUCGGGGCCAAAGGUUGUUGAAGAGAAAAAACUGCCGUCCUCAGAAAGUGGCAGCCGGACCAAGAUCUUGCUCCUGAGAAAGCAGCUGGAGGAAAAUCGACUCAAAUUUGACCGGCAGCAGAAGGAGAAUGUAGAGAAACGCGCAGCAAUGGAGGAGAUGAAGCAGAGAAUCGAACGGCUGCGCACGGAGGUGGAGGAGCGUGACACCGUGAUUCGGUCCCUGCAGGAUGGCCAGGGAUCGGCACAGGAGGAACCCAGCACACAGAAGCUCUACCAGCAGAUUGUAUACAAGGACAACACUAUACUGGAGCUGACACAGAAGGUGACCAAUUUAGAGGCGAUGAUACAGGAGCAGCAGGAAACCCUAAGCGAGAAGGACAAGGUGAUCGAAGCACGCACAGAGGCUGUGUCCCUCAUUGCCAAGUCUCAGGAAGAGAAGGGAAGGAAAACAUUUGAGGAGCUAGAGGAAAUGAGACUGCAGAUGAAGAAAAUGCAGGAAAACUUCAUCACUAAGGAGCAGGAGUUCAUCUCCACUAGAGAUUCUUUAUCAAGAGAGCUGAAUGACAAGGCGAAAAAGGUUACGCAGUUAGAAGAAAACAACCGCCGUCUGGAAAAUCUCCGCUUUGAGCUGAGCACCAGGAAUGCCGAGCUUCAAGAAAAAAUUGUGACGCUCCAGACAGAUGUGAAGGCGCUUAGAGACCAGUCUGAAGGAGACAGGGCAUCCAUCUCGGAAAAGGACAACCUGUUACAGGAACUCAAGCAGAAGCUGGUGAGAGCUGAGGCUCAUGGCCAGAAGAAGCUCAAGGCCUUGGAGAAACAAAUCAGGGCUAUUAAGCAAGAUGGCAAUGCAGGAGCACAGAUCUUGGAGCUUCAGAAUAGUAUAGCUGAGCUAGAAGAAGAAAAGGGAAACCUUCAGCUGAAGCUUGUUGAUUUUGAUGACUUAAAGGUCGCCAACGAAAAGCUAACCAACCAGAGAAGUAAGCUUGAAGAGCAAGUGAAGCAACUCAAUGGUGACAUAGACUCACAGCUUAGUGCUAUAACACAGCUGGAGGCAGAGAAGAUCAAGCUGGUGGAGGAAACGAACGAACGAGAGAACCGCAUCUUCGACCUAGAGUCAGAAUUGACAACGACCAAGACAAGCCUCUCAGAAGUCACGCAGGCCAAGGUGACCCUAGAGCUUCGUCUGUGCGAAAUAGAGGAACAGAGGGACCUAGCAGAGAAGGCCAGGUCAGAACUCGAAUCCCAGAUGUCUGAGUCAGGGAUGGCCUCGGUGGAGCAGCUGCUGGUUGAAAAGGGCAGCCUUGAGGAGACGAUACAGAGUCUUACCAAGGAGAAGGAGGAAUGGGAGAGCAAGCAUGCCAGCCAGGUUGACACAGUGCAGGAAUGCGAAGAGAAGGUCAGAUCCGCUUUGGAAGCAAGGGAGUCCAAAGCCAAGGAAUGCAAAAGACUCAUGAACAUCCUUACGGACAAAGAGAAUGCCAUUGCUACCUUAUCCAUACAGAUCGACAGGCACAACGAGGAAGUGGCCAGCAUCUCAGAGAAGUUGAAGUCAUCUCAAGCGGAAAUUGAGAAGAGACAAUCAGAACUAGAAGAGCUGAGGCACAAGCACCAAGAGGAGACCAAGAGGUCGCAAGAGGCAUUAGGAACUGUAACCAGCUUGGAGGAAGAGCUGUCUUCCCUUCAUUCCCAAAAGCAGUCUAUCCUGGCAGAGUUGGAGUCAGCCAGAGAAAGCAUGAACAGAGCCAUUAAUGAGAAGAACAUCACAAUCCAAAACCUUGUAGGAGAAGUAUCAGACCUUCAGAAUCAUGUUAAGGCCAAAGAAAAGGUUAUUAAUGAUUAUAUAGAUAGAUUAGAGCAAAUGGAAUCACAGGUGAACAUAAGAGAUGAGAAUAUUGAGUCACUCCAUUCGACUGUUAUAAAAAUGCAGGAAGAUUUAUCCAAGAAGAAUGCAGAAGUAGAGAAAUUGAAAAAGGAAGUUUCUAACUCACUCCAAGAGUUACAGUCCUCUAAAACAACUUCAGAAUUUGAAUUAGACUCUAUGUCAGCCAUGCUAAAUGAUGCAAAGAGUCAGUUGGAAGGUGCACAGAUGGAAUUAUCUGUGAAAGACCGAGAGAUCCAGAAUAACCAAAAAGUAAUUUCAAAAUACGAACAGGAAAUGUGUGAGAAAAAUCUGAUUUCUGACGAAUUCCAGGCUAAAGUCAAGAGCCUGGAGGCAAACUUAACAUCUCUUAAUGCCUCUCUUUCAGAGAAGGAGAUGGUAAUUGUAAACCUUCAAAUGGAACUUGAAGAAAAAACCAUGUAUGUGGAGAACCUGUCAGCCCAACAGCAGGGGUUAGAGCAAAGAUUGCAUCACCUACAGGAGGAGAAUGCAUCAUUGAUAGAAAGAAGCACAGCAACAGAUGAGGAACUGAACAACCUGAGGGUGCAGAUGCAACUGAAGGAGGAAAGUGUGUCAAAUCUUGAGUCUGAAAUGAUCUCAAAAGUUGACCAGCAGAGCAGAGACUUUGAUGAGUUAAGACAAACACUGACAGAGAAAGAACAAUACAUAACCACAGUGGAGGCAACACUAGAAAGCCUUAAAAAUGACAUUGCCACUAAGGCUUCCGAGCUGGAGAAGUGGGAGAGUGAAGCCUCUGAAAAGAAUGAGAAAAUCAACCUGUUGACUACACAGCUUGAGAGCGUUCAGUUGCAAAGUUCUGAGAAGGAUGGCAUUGUGAGUGAUUUGCACACUCAGCUGAGCCAGUAUCAAGAACAUUUGAGUGCAGCACAGGAUCAGUAUACCCAGGUGAACACCCAGUUUGUGCAUCUACAGGAACAGUUUUCAGUGAAUGAAAAACAACUUUCAGAAACAAAAGAGCAGUUAACUGAAACUCAGAGUCACUUUGAGCAUGUGCAGAAUCAGCUGGCAGAGGCCCAGGAGCAGCUGGCUCAAGCGCAAAACCAGCUGCAGGAGACGCAAGUGAAUUAUGAGAAGGCCACCAGUCUAGCCUCCCAGUUUGAAGAGCAGCUUCGCACUAAAACAGAAAACAUUGAAACCAUGGAGAGACAGAUGCAUAGCCAACAGGAUGUGACUAGUCAGGAAUCAGAAGCAUUGAGAGUAGAGUCAGAGCACCUUAGAGCAGAAGUUGACAGACUGAAUUCAGAGCUAACCUCAGCAAGAGAACUCAACCUAAGCCUAGAGUCAGGAAGCUCAAAUGCCCAGCAAUGGAUCACUCACCUGCAGCAGGAGGUGGAACACCUGAAAUCAACCCAUGACACAGCGCAACAACAGCUGUUAGCCACCAAGGAAGAGCUAAAUUCAAGAGCUCUUGAGCUCGAACAGCAAAAGCAAAAGUUUGAAGAGGUUCUUGCCCAACAGCAGGAGUACAUCCUAAAAUCAGAGGACCUUCAGACUAAGCUUAAUGAAUCCGUCUCCCUUCAGCAGCAACAACAGCAGAAAGCUGAGUCUCUGCAGAUUCAGCUCACACAGGCUGUGUCCCUACAACAGCAAAGUGAGAGUGAAGUAGCCGCUCUGUCUCUGACACAGCAGCAGCACAUUUCAGACUUAGAAGCCAGUGUCUUGUCUAUCACACAAAUGAGAGACCAGUUGCAAGAAGAAAGCAACCAGAAAUCCAUGCAGUUGCACAGUUUUCAAGAAAAUUCAUCACAGCUACAUUCCGAGAUGGAAAAUCUUCGUUCACAAAUUUCAUUAAAAGAUGAAGAAAUUCAGAAGUUGCAAGCUGACAGGGACCAAAUUUCUAUGCAGUUAGAGAGCCAGGCAGGAAAUGCUUCCCAGUAUGAUGCAAACACCCAGCAUCUUUAUUCUCAGCUUUCUCUGAAAGAUGAAGAAAUACAGAGAAAUCUCAUAGAGUAUGAAAAUGAAAAGAGCAAAGCAGAAAACCUCAUUAAAGAACUGAACAAUGCAAAAGCACAGUUGGAGCAGGAGCUUCAAGCUUUACAGUUCACCAGCUCACAGCAGCCCCCUGCACCUUCAGCGACAGGAUCAAACUCUGGCCAGAGAGACAAAGAGUUAGCUGCUGCUAAUGACCAAAUCCAGUUCCUAGAAGAGGAAUGUGAUGGGCUUCGCACGGAUGUUAACACAUUGAAGCAACAGCUUCAGGAAGCCCGACAGACGGUCACACAACUACAAACAUCACUGGCGAACCAGACCUUCUCUGCACCAGAGCCCUCAACUGAUUGGGAAGAUUGGGGCGAGGUAGAUCUUGGGGCCCCUGAGUCAGCCAAGGCUCCAACACAAGAGAACUCACUGGUUUUGAGUCUCCAGAGGUCCCUGGCUGACAAGGACGAGAUGCUCACCAUGAUGCAAGACCAGCUCAAGGAAAUGCUGCAGCAGAUAAACACCAUUACAGAAGAGAAGAAGAUUUUGGAUCAGCAGCUCAAAGCGGCAGAAUCGAAUGCCACCCAGCAGGCAAAACUCUGGGAUAAAGAAAAGGAAGAGCAUGAGACAGUGAAGACCAAACUGGAUGAGCUACUGGGGCUUCAGAACUCCUUUGAGGAACAGAAGACAAAGGUAAUGAUGUUGGAAGAACAGCUGGCUAGAAAACAAGAGGAAAUAGCACAGUUGCAACACCAGACAGCUGAACUGCCCAUGCAGCGGGAGACUGUACAGGCUGUUUCCGAAAAUGUCACACUGUCUUCGUCAGUUGAGGAACAGAGCUCCGUGGAAGGAACCCUCACUUCACAAAUCCAAUGGAAUCAGGGAGAAAGUGGAGCUGAUGCAUUCUCCUCCAUUCAGUGGCCAGAGUCCAGUGGAGGCCAGGGAACAGCUGAUUGGUUUGCCAGCCAAGACGGUCAGCAAUCUACUACUGUAGCCUCAACAGAAGCAGGAGCAGCAGUCACCCAGCCAGAAGCAGAAACAGGAGUCACCCAGCCCAGCCAGGGAGACACUGCAGCUGUAAACGUUGAGGAGUUGCAAUUUAAGCUUUCAUGGUACGAGGAGCAAUGGAGCACCUGGACGGGGCACUACACCCAGUUGCAGGAGAGUUAUCAGGAAGCUCAGCAGCAAUUAGCUCAACUUACAGAGCAACUACAACAGUUGCAGAGCACACAGCAGCUUCCAGAAGCAGCAGCAGAAGUAGCACCAGUGGCAGCAUCUGAGGAAAAACCCACAUCAAAAGAGGAGAAAGAAAGGUUAAAUGAGACCAUCCUACAGCAGCAAGAGCAGCCAUGCACAGCAAUGCAGGGCAAGCUCGCUGAAGCAGAGACAGAGAGGACAAGGCUCAUGGAGAUCGAGGUCUUGUAUGGAGAAUUGCAGUCAUGCAUCCAGGAGUCAGAGACGAAGCGCGAGGGCUCCAAGUCUCGAGUGCAAGAGCUGGAACUAAUGGUGCAGUCAGCAGAGUCGGAAAUUGCCAGGUUAAGGAAUGAGAUCGAGAGUUUGAGCCAGGCAAGUGAGGCAGUGGAGACUGACAGAGAGAGACUCAAGACUGAUGCUCAGGGGCUGGGAGCAGAAGUGACGUUGCUCGACGAGAAAAUUGCUAGCUUGCAUGAUGAGGUUAAGUUAUACAGGAACGAGAACGAGAGACUGAAAAAUGAGGGAGAGCUCUACAAGGCUGAGGCAAAGAAUUUGCAGAAGGAGGCCCAUUGUUUCAAGGAGGAACUUACAAAGAUGCAGAGUGAGGUAGAUUUUUAUAAGGGCAAUGCAAUGAGAAUGGAAAGUGAUAAUAGAGAGAUGAAUGAGGAAAUCACAAGAACUAGAAUGAGUGUUGAUAGAAUAGAAAGGGAAAAUGAGCAGUUAAGGAGUGAACUCGAGGUGAUUGAAGGAGAGCAUGGGAGACUGAGACAGGACUAUGAAAUCCUUGAGGGAGAGCAUAAUCGUGCAAGAGGGGAGAGUGACAUGCUCUCGCAGGCUAACCAAAUGCUGGAGGCAGAGAAGGAGAGUUUGGAGAACGAGGUGCAGAGAAUAACUGCACAGAAUAUGACUAAGGAUGCAGACAGUGAACACCUCCGGGACGAGAUCCAGAGACUGACAGAGGUGAGCACCUCUGCCGAAUCAGAGAUCACUCGCCUCAGGUCUGAGAUUGAGAGAUUCAAAUCCCUGGACUCCCAGUACAGUGAACUGGAGAUGAAGUACUGUGACUUACAGGCACAGGUUGCUUCGAUGGAAGGUCUGCCUGGCAGCAGAACUGAGACUGAAGCACAUGCAUUGGUUGUUGAGGAAGUGGAUUGGGGCGCAGAAGGCAAGAUUGAGCAUGAGCACCUUUUGCAGUCGUCAUCUGCAGAUCGCAAACUCCAAGAGGAGAUAGAUAACCUGAAACAGAAGUUAAUAGCACUAGAGAAGGAAAAGAAUGCCGUCUAUGAUGAGCUGCAGACAGCCAAGAUGAAGAGCGGGAAGAUGCUGCAGAAGUUGAAAGUAACACAAAGCAAGAAUGAGUCUUUGACCAAGGAAGUGCAGAAGCUUAAGGCCAAAGCAGGUGGCUUUUCAGACCUUGACCAGGCUCUGGAGGAAGAGUGGAAGGCACAAGUAUCAAAGGCUGAGUCUGAGAGAGACGAAAUCAAGCAGAAGUUAGAUGAGCUCGAAAAAGAAAAGGAUAACCUUGCAACGCAGGUAGAUGUCCUCACCGCAGCCCAGGAGCAGUACCUAGACCUCAAGGAAGAGCAAGAUACAACAAUAAAGCUCCUAAAUGCAAGGAAUCGAGAGCUUGAAGGUCAAGUCCAGUCCCUAGAGUGGAAGAUCUCUGAGCUGGAAGAAAUAAUCGAGCAGACUCCAUUAACACAACAGGAGCCAGCUGCUACCAUAUCAGAAACUCAGACUGCAAGGUCAGGAAGCCCAGGAUCUCCUAAAGAACUAGAAGAAUUAAGAGUACAAAUCACUACACAGCAAGAAGAGCUCAACAUUCUGAAGCCAGAGAACAUAAGGUUGCAGGCAGCCAUAAAUGAACUCGAGGAGAAGGUGGAAAACCUAAGCGCUGAUAAUGAAAACUUCCAGUCCAUCAUUGAAGGGCUGAAAGAUUCCAAGUCAAAGGCAGAAAGCGAAGUUAAUAAGUACAAAGAGUCCUUCAUCGAACUUCACGACCAGCAUGAGGCCACCAAGAAGGAGAAGGACCAAAGCAACGCACAGCUGAAGGAACUCCAGUACACGCACGACACGCUGAAGUCUGCCUACAACUCCAUGUUUGCUGAGUACAAUGAACUGCGGGAUGUGUGCGACAGCCAUAAGAGUGACGUGGGCAUCCUGAAGGGGGAGAGGGAUCGUCUAGCAGAAGAAGUGGACAGCCUCAAGAAGCAGUUGCAAGCUCUGCAGGAGGAAGAGGAGGAGGAGAUCAUACGUGCCUUACAAGAUGAGUGCUUCAGCCUUAGAGAGCAGAAUAACCUGCAACAUGAGGAGAACACAGCCCUGGAAGUGAAAGCAGAGGAGGCGCGGGAGAAGGCCAAGCGGUUUGAGAACGCCAUGGAGCAGAACAUGGAGAUGCAAAACCUUCUGCGUGAUGAGCUCAUGAAGAAGUCGGAGGAAAUCAGCUACCUGAAGACGACCCUGGAAGCUGAGGACCGCAAGAUGGCCUACAUGAAGGCAGAGAUGUCAGCUAUCAAGACCAAGCUGAUGCAGCAGGACCAGGCUGAGCGCAGCAGCACCCAGGCCACAGAGAAGCUGGAGGCUGAGGUGCAGCAGCUGCAAGAACAGAACCAGCAGCUCAGGAGCCAGGUGGAGGCAGCAGAGACUUCCCUGGCCAAGCUGGCAGGAAAGACAAAAGGAGAGGAGGAAGAAAACGAUUCUGUGUUCGCUCCUCCAUCCUCGUCCAAUGCUGAGCUGGAGGCAGCUUUAGCUUCGCUACACCUGCGUGACCUCAGGUGCCAGCAGCUGUCCUUAGAAAUCACAAAACUAUUGGAAGAGAGAGAUGCGCUGCAGCUAAAGCUGAGUGCAUCGCUGAGACAGACGCAGGAACUUCGUCGAGAGCUGAGCUUGAGCCACCAGCUGCCAGCGCCUGUCUCUGCCGAGCCCUCCUUAGACGAGAAGUGCUGGGCUGUUGAGUUGAACGACUCGCUGGAACAGAAGGCCCUCAAGGCUCUCCAAGGCGCAGCAUCCCCUGUGGCGUCAGGCAGGAGAACAACCCUGGAUGUUCGCCAUUCUUCUACAGCUCGAGAGACACAGGGAACAUCAUCCACCCUAAUGGACUGGAUAUUAGGGAAAAGCACACCAAGAGUACUACACGUGUGAAAAGGGACACAGAGGCAUCAUCAUCUUCGGACAUUAUCAUGAUCAUCUGGAGGCACAAAUUCUUCCAUUUUAAAGGGAGGGCUCGCAAGUGUGAGGAGGAGACGCGCGCAUUGCAGAUCGUCAGCUCGUGGCAAAUCUUGUCAGUCGCUCGGAUCAAGUCACUGACAUUUUGGAAAGUUUUCUUCCUUCCCAAAAGUGCUAUGUGAUGACCCUUCAAUCAUUCCCUGCUGCCAACUUAUGAUAAAUCCUGGAUUUUCAUUUGGCUUUUUUCUCUUUUUCUUUCUCCUCCUUCCUCUUUAUCUCCUCAUCUCUUUUUACUAUUUCAUUUAUUUUUUAUUCUUUUCUUUUUUUUUUACAAUAUUUAUUGUAGUGUUCUUAAGCUUUUGAGGUCAUUGCAUUUUACAUAAUAAUCUAUGUAUUACAUUGUUAUUUUCUGAUGUUUCUCUUUAUAAGAAAAGAACUUUGAAUAAAUUUAUAUCCUUUAAAUAUGAUCAGUUAAAAUUAUUAAUAGAAACAAAACUGGAUAUAUAAAGAAAAAGAAGAAAAACACACACAAGCCUAAAUGUACCAUCAUAUCCAGCUUCUGAGGUGCUUAAGACGUUCUUAGUACAGACCAAUCAGUGCGUUUUUUUCCCCAUCUGAAUUCCGUAACUGAAUAAAGUUGAUUGAAAAAGUUUUCUCCAUUUAUCAACGGAAAAUGUUUGUGGACUCGGAGAAAAUUUGAAUGAAUAUAUUUCCAUAAAAUCUUUCCUUUAGAAGGAUCCAUGCAUAAAAACAAAAAAAAAUAAAACAAAAAAAUUAAUACAUAAUGUAAAAACAAUAAAUACACUAAUAUGCAAAGAGUGAAGAGUCAGGUUUAGGGUCAUCUAUUCAUAAUUUCCAUCCACUUUUUUUAUAUUAUUUCUUUUUCUAGGUCACGGUGUGUAAGUGUUCCACAGAAAUAGUGACAAAUCGUUUCAGUUGAAUUAUUAUUUUUCCAUAUCUUUCUCUUUAUCUCAUUCUCUCUCUCUCUCUCCAUUUCUGUACUAUCUUAAAAUGCUUCAAAAUUUCAUUUUUAUUAUUAUUGUUUAAUUCUUUACAGAAACGAUAUAUGACACUGUCCUGUCAUUAGAUGCUUAAGCUUGGACCUGCAUUUAGACCUGCAUUAGAGUUUAGAAACAUUUUGAACACUUACAUCCCAGCAAAGGUUAUGAGUGCGAUAAUGGAAAUCUGUUAAACAGGUUGACAAGACGCGAGUGAAUGCCCAGUGAAGGGACGUGCUUGUUUAUAUUGAAUAGUGUACAGUAUGUGGAAAACUAAAGAUAUUUGUAUUGUGAGAUAUUUAAUAAAUACAAGAUUAUAUAUUUGAA